AAGAUUCAACUAUUACUUUAAUACUUCGGCGCCCCUUUAUAUUUUUUUUUUAAAAAAAGAAGAAAAGAAAAGAUUCCUAUCAACAUCAUCAUCAUCACUCGGUGUCAACGAUGACACGUCUCACCGUCGGCGUUCUUUUUCUCUCGCUGAUUGCUCUCUCCGCCGCGAGGAAUGGUCCUGAUGAUGUUAUCAAACUCCCUUCUCAAGCUUCUCGCUUCUUCCGUCCUCCUGAAAACGACGCCGGUACUAGGUGGGCUGUUUUAGUCGCCGGUUCGUCCGGCUAUGGGAAUUACAGGCAUCAGGCUGAUAUUUGCCAUGCUUAUCAACUUCUGAGGAAAGGUGGAUUGAAGGAAGAGAAUAUUGUGGUGUUCAUGUAUGAUGAUAUUGCUAACAAUUACGAGAAUCCAAGACCUGGAACCAUUAUCAACAGCCCUCAUGGAAAAGAUGUUUAUCAAGGAGUUCCCAAGGAUUACACUGGAGAUGAUGUCACUGUUGAUAAUCUAUUUGCUGUCAUCCUUGGAGACAAAACUGCUAUCAAAGGGGGAAGUGGCAAGGUUGUGGAUAGUGGUCCAAAUGAUCAUAUCUUUAUAUUCUACAGUGACCAUGGUGGUCCUGGAGUUCUCGGCAUGCCGACUUUUCCUUACAUAUAUGCAAAUGAUCUCAACGAUGUUCUGAAGAAAAAACAUGCUUUAGGAACCUAUAAAAGCUUGGUGUUUUAUCUUGAAGCUUGUGAAUCUGGAAGUAUCUUUGAAGGGCUUCUUCCAGAGGGUUUGAACAUCUAUGCCACAACUGCAUCGAACGCCGAAGAAAGCAGUUGGGGUACCUAUUGCCCUGGAGAGGAACCUAGUCCUCCACCGGAGUAUGACACUUGUUUAGGUGACUUGUACAGUGUUGCUUGGAUGGAAGAUAGUGGUAUCCACAACUUACAGACUGAGACUCUGCAGCAGCAAUAUGAACUUGUAAAGAAGAGGACUGCACUUGAUGGGUACUAUUAUGGUUCUCAUGUCAUGCAAUAUGGCGAUGUAGGACUUAGCAAGGAUAAGCUCGAAAUUUAUAUGGGAACAAACCCUGCCAACGAAAAUUCCACCUUUGUGGACUCGAAUUCACUGAAGCUACCUUCAAGAGUUACAAAUCAGCGUGAUGCAGAUCUUGUCCAUUUUUGGGAAAAGUACCGAAAAGCACCAGAAGGUUCCUCAAGAAAAGCAGAAGCUCAGAAACAAGUACUUGAAGUCAUGUCUCACAGACUUCAUGUUGACAAUAGCGUGAUACUAGUCGGAAAAAUCUUGUUUGGCAUUUCGAAAGGUCCACAAGUGCUAAAUGAAGUACGGUCUGCUGGGCAACCGCUAGUUGAUGACUGGAACUGCCUCAAAAAUAUGGUGAGAGCUUUUGAGAGGCACUGUGGAUCGUUGUCUCAGUACGGUAUCAAGCACAUGAGGUCUUUUGCAAACUUCUGCAACUCAGGGAUCCAAAUGGAGCAAAUGGAGGAGGCAGCUUCACAGGCUUGUACCACAAUCCCACCUGGUCCUUGGAGCUCGCUUCACCGCGGAUUCAGUGCAUAAAUGAUAAAACCCUAAGCCCUCUUCACAUUUGUUUAUACUACCAAUCGUCAUAGCCAAACUAUUCUUAUUUCGAUUAGUACUGUUUGAAUCCAGUAUUCUCUGUAAAUUUCACUAUCCUUUCUCUGUUCAGUGUAUAAUCUCAAAUUAUCUAUUUGCCUUGUACAAAUGCUUGUAAAACUAAAGUUAAUGUAUAGAUUAUACUAUAGAAGGUUUGUUUAUAA